GGCUCCUAAGGUUCCUAAAUUGUCUAUCGCUUAUUAAAAGGGCACACUGGUAGUGUACAAUGCCUCACAGUGCCUCCAUUCUUUGUGUUGGCUGCGUAUAAAGCAAACAGUGAAGACCGAUCAUGCUGGUGUCCCCUGCAGCCGAGCGCAGCCAGGCCUCUCUGCUGUCAGUUCUGCAGGACAUGCUGGAGGAUCAGUCCAAUAAAAAGCUGUUUGGCCUGGAGCUGGGCUCAGGCACGGGACAGCACGUUACUCACUUUGCUCAGGAGCUGCCCUUUAUUACCUGGCAGCCAUCAGACAUCACAGAGGAAUCACGAAACAGUAUCCAGGCUUAUAUUGAUGCCACCAAGGUGCAGUCAGUGCUGCAGCCAGUGUUUCUGGAUGCCAGGGAACCCUGGGAGAAGUGGGCAGGACUCCCACAAGGCUCCUGUGAUGUCAUCAUAGCUAUCAACCUGCUUCAGUACAGCAGCUUCAAUACCGCAGAAGGUGUCUUUAAAGGAUCUGGACAGAUUCUAAAGCAGGAUGGCAUCUUAAUAACUUACGGGCCUUAUGCUAUCAAUGGAAUGAUCACACCAAUCUGCAAUGAAGCAUUAGACCAGAGGUUACGAGAGAUGAAUCCAGAGUGGGGCCUUCCAGACAUCGACGUGCUAAGACAGCUUGCAUUCGGAAAUGGGUUACGCCUAGAGAGAAUGAUCGAGAUGGAAGAAAGUAACAAAUGCCUGGUCUUUCGAAAGGUGUGACACAUCAAGAUCCUCCCAGAUGGUUAAACAGGAUUCAAAACCACACAGACGGACCUCCAGUAAAUCAAUAAUCUCAAAAUGUUUUUA